AUGCUGGAAGUAGAUACCUUGAAUAUGUUAAGUGCAAAGAUGGAUAAUGUGGUUAAGAUGCUUAAUAGGCAUGUUGGUUCUAACUCUAAUCAAGGAGUAGUUGUUGCAUGUUGUACUACUUGCGGCGGAGAUCAUGAUAAUUCUAUGUGUUCUUGUAGCGAACAGGUUCAAUAUCUCAACAAUUACAACCGUCCACCCCAAAAUAAUCUAUACUUUAAUACCUACAAUCCAGGAUGGCGUAAUCACCCGAAUUUUGGAUGGAAGGAUCAAGGGAACCAACAAAGACCAAUUAAUCCACCGAGUUUUCAACCGAAACAACCACUUCCGGAGUCCAAACCAGCUUGGGAAUUGGCAAUUGAGAAACUAGCAAAUGUAUCAAAUGAUAAAAUUGAAAAGUUAGCCAGUGCCACUACUCAACGGUUUGAGAGAAUUGAGGGAAGGAUGGACCAACUCACCAAUAUGUACAGAAAUGUUAAAAUCCAAUUGGGGCAAAUAGCUAAUGCGGUCAAUAAUCGCAACCAAGGGGACUUACCUAGCAAGAUUGAGGUGAAUCCAAGAAAACAUGUGAAGGCCAUAACCCUCCGUAGUGGUAAGGAAGUGGGGGAGAAACUUGUAGCGAAAAGUGAAAGAGAAUUUGAAAGAAGAGAAAAUAAGCAGUUGAGUAAAUUAGGAGAAAAUGGCAAGAAAAUCAAAGGGAAAGAAAAGAUGGAAGAAAAUGAACCACAAAUUAAAGAUACAACACCAAUUCCUCCACCGGUGCCAUUUUCACAAAGAUUGAAACCUUCAAAAAAUAACAAAAAAUUUGAGAAGUUUGUCAACAUUUUCAAACAAUUACAUAUUAACAUUCCUUUUGUUGAUGCUAUUUUGCAGAUUUCUUCAUACGCAAAGUUUCUCAAGGAGAUAAUGACUAAGAAAAGGAAGUUAGUAGAUAGUGAGACAAUUGCAUUAACGGAAGAAUGUAGUGCCAUUGUUCAAAAUAAAUUGCCACCAAAGUUGAAAGAUUCAGGGAAUUUCACAGUUCCUUGCACUUUUAUAGUCCUAGAAGAAUCUAUUAGACAUCCAAUGGAUAUAUUGGAGAAUGUGCUCAUUAAAAGACAGAAAUUCAUUAUUCCUGUUGAUUUUGUUGUUUUAGAUAUGGAGGAAGAUAUCAAUGUACCUAUUAUACUUGGUAGACCAUUUCUGGUCACUGCAGGUACAAUAAUAGAUGUUAAACGUGAGAUGAGUCAAGUUAAUCUUGAUGAUGAUUCUCUUGAACUUUGUCUUAAUGGUGUAGGCUUACAAGAGGAACAAGUUGAAGAAAUUCAAUUUUUGCAGGCACAGGUUCCUUACAAAAGGAGCAAUACAUAUGAGGAGUUGGGGAUGAGCAAAGGGCUACCUCCACCAUCGUGUGAGCAAGCUCCACGGCUUGAGUUUAAGCCACUGCAUAAACACCUCAAAUAUGCAUUUCUUGGAGAAAAAGAGACAUUACCGGUUAUUGUAAAUUCUGCACUAGAUGAGGAACAACUAGGCAAUCUCUUACAUGUUUUAAGGAAGCAUUUAAAGGCUAUAGGAUGGACGAUUUCUGAUAUCAAGGGAAUCAGUCCAACUAUUUGUAUGCACCGGAUUUUGUUAGAAGAAAAUUCUAAAUCGGUGGGUGAAAUUCAAAUGAGAUUAAAUCCAAACAUGAAAGAAGUGGUAAGAGUAGAGAUUCUUAAAUGGCUGGAUGCAGAGAUGUGA